AUGUCUUCCACCCCCGGUCUUAAGCGCAAGUUGGCAGAAUCUCGCCAGGAGCCGACAGCUAAGCUUCACCAUCUUCAUGGAUACGAUCCGCAAGCCCCAUGGCUGCACGAGUCAGAACCUACCGGAAUAUGGCGGACACGUGGGAAUCCUGAUGUACAGUACGCGAUGCCCCUAUCAAAUAUGGUGUCUGCCGUCCAAGACCUGAUAGACCCGGAUUUUGACCCACUGACGGCGAUGUUGGACGAUGAGCCCCAGUUUUUAAAACCCCUACCAGCUCGCAUCGCCCCGGAGGAUUUAGAGUUCUUGCGAUUUCGUGGUGCUCUCUCACUUCCAGAGAGUGGGUUGCGAGAUGAACUUCUUCGCUGCUACAUCCAAUGGGUGCACAGCUUCAUGCCAGUCUUGAAUUUGCAAGAGUUCUUACGAUGUGUGGCUGAAAAUGACCCGGAGGGAAAUGUUAGCAUCUUACUCUUUCAGGCGGUCAUGUUUGUUGGUACGGCUUUCAUCGACCUCAAGCAUCUGCAAGAUGCCGGGUAUUCAACCCGGAAAAGUGCGCGUGAUGCGUUCUUUACUCGAUUAAGGUUACUCUAUUCUCUCGACUGCGAAGAGGAUCGCAUCGAGAUUCUCCAAGCACUGCUAUUGAUGACCUACUGGUCUGAUUCGGAGAAUAGUCCACAGCGAGAUAUUUGGGAUUGGAUUGGAGUCUGUAACACACAAGCACAGUCGAUCGGUUUAAACAAAGACCCUGCAUCUGGUAAAAUUGAUAUAAGGGCUCGAAGGCUCCGUUCCCGGCUCUGGUGGUGUCUGUACUCUCGAGAUCGACUGAUCGCCAUGGGUAUGCGGCGCCCGCUUCAGGUUAAUGAUGGAACGAGCAGUGUCCCUAUGCUCAAACUGGACGAUUUUGAUUUUGAACCUUUCUCUCCACAUGUGGUUGCCAAGUUCUAUUGCCGCCAACUCCAAGAUGUGUCACAUCAAAAACGACUCGCCACCAUGUUCAUCGAGAAAGUGAAGCUCUGUCAAUGCAUUGGCAGGGUAUUGUUUGCGCAAUAUACACCAUCUCAACGCCAGUUUGGAGCUACAGACCGAACUACGGUCACACUUAUCCCUCGACAGGCUUCCGAGUCUGAGUUUGCGCGAUGCGGCCAGAAACUCGACUCAUGGCUUAGUGCGCUCCCUAAAGAUGCCCAAUUCAUUCCGAAGUCAGGGAAGAAUUUCCAUGAUGGCGAGGAUGUGCUGCUACUUCAUGGUGCGAUGCUACGCAUGCUCUACCAUGCCACUAGCAGCGCACUUCACCGGCCUUGGACGAGUGCUUCAAAAGAUCAAUCCAAAUCGCGGACGGACUGGCGCAAUGCUGCCCGUGCAAAAAUGAACGACGCUGCUGCGGGGAUCACACAUAUCAUUCAAGGCUUAAAUCAUCUUAACCUGACAAGGUUCCUACCUCAGUCUGGAGUGACCGUGAUUCUACCUGCCGCUGUGGCGCAUUUAACCAACACUAUGUCCGAUGACCCCGCUGUCCGCGAAAGCAGUGUAGACAAUUUCCAUCGUUGUAUCCAAGUUCUUCAUUGUCUUAAGGAUAUUUAUCCAGCCGCCGGUCAAGAGUUUGCCAACAUCGAGGCGGCCAUCAAGAUGCAGGCCGGUGCCUCCAGUACAUUCUUCGAAGUCAUGGAAUACAACCUGGACUCUCCUGCCACAUCUUUGGCAACCAGGAAACCCAGCAAUGCCAAUUCCAUCUCCCAACCCCAACCACAUCUACCUGCUAGUGUAACUCAGACUCCCAAGCCACAAGCACGAACCUCAUCUACGCAAGAGAACAUGCAUCAAAGAAAUCCUAGUGUGGCAAGCACACAUGAACCUGCGCCACCUUUAUUCCCCAAUGAUUUCGACCAAUAUUCCGACCUCAGUAUCAUAGACAACAAUCCUUUCAACUUUCUCUCCAUCGACAUCGAUUCCUUCCCCGAUAUUCAAACCCCUCCCCAUCCAACGAAACCCAACCAAGAUAAACCCUAUAUAUCACCACCACCCCAAGACCAAGACACCAUCGAUUGGGCACAAGAGCUGUUCCAAGACACCGACUUGAAUCAGUACAGUAACACAGAAGCUUUCCCCAAGCCCGAAAAGACAACACCUCCACUAGAUCAUGAUCAAACCUACCACGAUCCGUUCUCUUUUACUUUGGAGGAUACAGAUGACAUUCGCUCAGUUCAUUCUCGUCAUCAAUCAAUGAAUGAUGCAAGGCCCGAAAUUACCGGCGAUCUGGAUCGGGAUUUGGGGUUCCAGUCUGAGGAUGACAUGUUCUAG